AUGACAUCGGCAAGAGUGUAUUUGCAAAUCCCCUCGUUUGUUCUAGCCCUGAUAGGCUUCAUCCUCAUUUUUGUUGCCCUCGGCACCCCUGCCUGGCAAGUAGUUUAUGCUCGCGAACUACAGCAAUGGAUUCAAAGUGGUUUAUGGUUGAGUUGUCUAACAAGACCAGCCGGAAUGUACACCUGCACAUAUCAAUUCUCAGAAACAGACUAUAGCUUCUACACAUCAGCAGAUAACAUAAACUUUCGAACUCCAACCUUUUUCCGUUGGCAGCGGACCUUACUCCAUCUUUUGCUCGUUUCGCAGGUGUUGGCUCUUCUAUCUUUCAUCACAUUCUGUAUAUCAAAUACUCAAACAGUUCAUUUGAAAACAAGCAUUGCUUAUAACGUUUUCAUCACAAUCUCAGCUUUUAUGGGAAUAGGAUGCGUUCUGGCAUUUGCUAUUUUCUCUCAUAUGGUUGAAUAUCGUUUCUACUAUGUGUCUGUUAGUGGAAUUUAUGAGAAACACAAAGGAUACUCUUUCUAUAUUUGUUUGAUCGGAUGUCUUUUCAUCUUAGCUUCUGCCAUUACAUCUAUUGGCUAUACAGUUAUAUUGGUUCGAAAAGGACGAUGGGUUGGUGGAAGUAUGGAGAGUAUCAAUGCUUUUCAAGUCCCAGUUCGUCGAUAUCCUUAUGCGGAAACUGAUUUGUCGAGUUCUUCUUUCUCACGAGAAGAUCAAUUUGCUAUGAGAGCAUUACCUGAUGUUCCACGAAAAUAUCAUUAG